AGCGUAGCUCAAGGAGGAUAUUGCUGAUGGUAGGAGCUAUCGCAGCAACUCAUCCUAAAGAACAGCAGUCUAUACUUUGGGUUCUUUCUAUAUCAGAUACUCAUGUAGACAGCCUGAAUGGAACAGCGCUAACAGGAAAAUCGUCCACUGUCAGGUAAAACUGUAGCUGCUCUGUGAUUAAGCAUGUAAAGGAUAAACGCACAAAAUAGCACUAGCUUUAGAAACAGCUCCAAAAGUUCUGCAAUAUCUGGGUGCUGUGCUGCAACAAGUAACGUUUGUGAGAGAUGUGGGGAGCAUAGUAUGUCAGCCCCUGUCUGUGACAAUUUAGGAGUUCAGGAUGUGCAUUAGUGCGCUGUUACUGGCAUCCCAGUGAUGUAAAAGCAACAACUUGCAGUUGCCCUUUAGGUGUUUGCCCUUUAGAAAUGAGUCCAAGUUUACCCAGAUAAACUUGCUUCUCUGCAGGCAACAUGGUGGAGUGGUGUUUACCCCAAGAUAUUGAUUUGGAAGGCGUGGAAUUCAAGUCCAUGGCAAGCGGGUCCCAUAAAAUCCAGUCAGAUUUCAUUUAUUUCCGGAAGGGGCUCUGUUUUGGCCUGGCCUGCUUUGCCAACAUGCCCGUGGAGAGUGAGUUAGAGCGUGGUGCCCGCAUGAAGUCCGUGGGGAUUCUCUCCCCUUCCUACACCCUGCUGUAUAGGUACAUGCACUUCCUGGAGAACCAGGUCAGACACCAGCUGGAGAUGCCAGGGCACUACUCCCAUCUAGAGGCGUUCUAUGAUGACAAGAAAGGAGUUCUCCCUGAUAGCAAGGGCACCCCCACCUCUCAGCAACCUGUCCACUGGCUGCCAUCCAUCCACAGAUACAUGUACCCUGAGAUGAAGAUCACACACCCUGCUGGCUGUAUGUCUCAGUUCAUCAAAUUCUUUGGUGAGCAGAUCCUUGUCCUCUGGAAGUUUGCCCUGCUGCGCAAGCGCAUAUUGAUAUUUUCGCCGCCCCCAGUUGGAGUUGUCUGCUAUAGAGUGUAUUGCUGUUGUUGCCUUGCCAAUGUUUCUUUGCCUGGUCUUGGAGGAGCUGUCCCAGAGUCCAAACCAUUCUUCUAUGUGAAUGUGGCAGACAUAGAAAUGCUGGAGACAGAAGUAUCAUAUGUGGCCUGUACAACAGAAAAGAUCUUUGAGGAGAAACGGGAUCUCUAUGAUGUCUAUGUGGACAACCAGAAUGUGAAGACGCAUCAUGAGCAUCUGCAACCACUUCUGAAAAUUAACAAUGCUGACAAGGAGAAGUACCGACGGCUCAAUGACCAGAGGCAGAUGUUAAUGUAUUCUCAAGAAGUGGGUGAGGAUUGUAGCUCCUGUGAAGAGGACCUUUUCAUCUUGUUUUUCAUGGAGCAGAACAACCGCAUAUUUCAGACGCUGAUGGAGGUGUCAGCCAGCCAGGACAAGACACUGACAGCUGACCACGCACGAGGCAUGGGCCUGGAUCCCCAAGGGGAUCGAAGUUUCCUUAUGGACCUGCUGGAAGUGUAUGGCAUUGAUGUUAUGCUAGUCAUUGACAACCCCUGCUGCACCUAAACCAAGGGCAAGAGAGAUGGGGAGCAAAGAUCACUUUUUAAAGACUACCAGACAUUGCUUAGGAGGAUCACUGGAACUUACUACAGCCACUGGAUGGAUCUCAUUUUAUUUAAUAACUUUAUAUGGAGAAUAUUUAUAAUUUUAAAACAAAAUGUGAUUUUAUUUUCUCCCCCUCAACUUCCCAACGAGUACCUGCUCCAGGUUUGGGUUUUUUUUUUUUGUUGGUUGGUUGGUUUGGGUUUUUGUUUAGAUAGGACCAGUGGCACCUUUGCACCAAUCCUCACUGUUGCCAGUGAUAGCUAGGUUUUGGCCUAGCCUGGAUACCUGAGGGCUGAAGACUUCAGGAAAGCACUUUGUCUGAUGGGGACCAAUGUGAAAUGCUGUAGCUGAGCUCUCAAGACUUGACUGGAAAACCCUCCCAUCAUCCCCUCUUCCACUUGGGGACUGAAGAGAGCUUCAGCACAGGCUGUUAGUGGCCCAGUCUCAUAAAACAUCUCCUGUCCUACCAUGUUUAUUGGUGGGGGCAGUUAAACCAAUGAUAAAAAACAGGACUCCUUUCAACACCCCUCAUCCAACCUUUAGUAGCGGAGUUGGACCAAAGCCACCCUUCCUCAUCAAUGGUAGAAGCAAGUUUGGGGUAAGGGGGUGCUACAGGAUCUUACGACUUUGCUUACUGGAGCGGCACGGUUUCACUUCCAGCAUAUGAGGUGGUAUAAACUGGCAAAGACUAUACCUACCUAUCUCAUAGCUGGAGAAGAGCACCAUCUCUGCUUAGUCUCUCCUACCCCUUCCUCUGGUUUUCAGUUGCAUCACACCUGCAGCUUUGGUUUAAAAUCUUCAAACCAGCAAGAUGGUCUCCCAUUUAACAGGGACCAACGUCACUGAGCCACCUUCCAGGCACUAUGUUCUCCAGCUUCAGCUCAGCUGGUGCUGGGCCGGAUUGGGUUGAAUUAAGUAUGCUUUAACUAAUGUCACUAGCCUGUCCUUUGUAGCGGCUGGUACUUGUCACUCCUUUGCUUUAACAUCGUCUGCUGAUCCUCCUCUUGUCGAGCAGCCUUCAGCACUGCCUGCCGCUGUCCUUGGCUUUCAGUGCGAGACAGAGAGCAGUAUGCGACCUUUCAGCUGGAAUGGCUUUGCAGUUUGUGGGAGGUUCCCUUGGAGUUUGGUGGUCUUAACUGGUGCAGCUGCUAGAAGCAAUGUCUAACAGCAAGCCUUUUUUUCUUCCUGGGCAGAAAAGCUGUAGAACCAAAUGAACAGUGUUUCUUAUUCUCGUGCUGUGGAAAGAACACGAUUCAGUUCGUGCAGGACCAGUGGUGACCUCCAGGAAGACUGUCCCAGGAAAGAGUAAUCCCUUUGCCACACAAAAUCAAAGAAUGGUACUCUGGGUUCUAGGUGUGACAUGUUGCUGUGCCCAAAAUCCUUCAGCCAGUAGUAGCAUCAGCUUUAAGUUAACUGUUCUUCCUGAACUGUGGCUAUCACUAAUUAGCUGCUGCUUCUACCAUAAUAGACUUCAGCACCCUUGGAGCCUUCCUGUGGUUUGUAGAAAUACAAACUGUAGCUGAUGUAUUCAUUUAUCCUACCAUUUAAUAGGAUGAGAGAGAGCCUGAACUACCGAAGUCUUUUUAAAACAAGUGAAGCAAAUGUUCUGCAAGUAGACCCUCUGUGGAUUGUUUCCCUCUGGAAGGAAAGAGGCUGGCACAUCUUGUUUUUCCUUGAAGGCUAUCUGCAGCAAAGGGGUAGUUUCGCUUGCUGUGGAUUCAGAGGUUUUAGUGAGGCAUGGGAUCAAGGGCCUCACAAGGCUUAUUGCACAGUUCACUGGUAUGAGCUUCAGCUUAUUAUGUUCCUGUGAUCUGCCUGUCUCUGAGCAGUUGCUCCCCUGCCUGCUUUUUCAGGGCUUUGGAUGUUUUUGUACAGAAGAAAACAUGCUGCUGCUUGUAUUGCCAGUUGCUCAGAACUAUAAAGUAAUCGUCCUUAGAAGGUUGGAGGAAAAAAAAAAAGGAUAAAGAAGAAAAAACAGAGCUGACUAAUGGAAAGAUCAGUUUCUUUUCCUUAAGAAAAGGCUUUGUUUUUAAAUUGACACUCUAGUAUCGAAGUGACGCACAAUCUCCAUGCUUUUUUCUAACUUCCACUUUAGUUUUAACAUGCUGUCUGCAGUGAAGAUCCCUGAGGAAGCAUAGCUGGUACUGCAUUACUGUCACUUACUUAACUUCCUUCAGAUACAAAAAAAGGAACUAGUCUCUGGCAAUUCUUCCUCUCACUUUCUUGAAGGUUUGCUACAUAGUUUAGCUGUGGUUAGCUGUUAAUGACUUUCUGUUCUCUCUGAUGUCAGUAGUUAUUUUGCUGAACUAAACAGAAACACGCCUUUAAUUUGUCAUUGACUGCAGAGGCUGUAAAAUUUCAGAGGCUUUCUAACAAACACCCUGCAUUGGAGUGCUAUGUUCACGAGCUCUCAGAACAUCAGGUCUACUAGACAGCACUGCUAGAGCCCACCCAGCAGAGCCUCCUGAAAUUGCUAUUUGACAUUUAUUAAAGCUCUGCUUCCCAGAAACUAGGUCUUCAGUUGCUAGCAGUAGUGUGGGUGCAGAAGCAUCAAAGCAAGCAGAUUACUGUAAAAGUAGCAUCCACGCUACAUCCCAGCUGGAUGGCUACAGCCUAUUUUGCUCUUCCUUGUAAUUUUGCUUCUCUACAGCCUCUCUUGGCAGGUGAUUGCUACAGAAGACAGAAAACAGAACAAAAAGACUUCUCUAUCCUAACCCACCCUUGUUUGAUUUGCUGCAAAAGAACUUUCCACCUGCGCUUCCCUUUUCCAAUAGACAUUGCUUUUAUUGUUGUCACAUGUGGAAAAUCCUUGGUAAAUGGGCACAUAAUAUAAACAAAUGGCUACGGCUUGGGCCAUGAGGGCUUGUUCAGUAGGCCGUUUUUGUUUGGAACCAACUUUGCUGAAUCUUACCUUACUGGGAGGUAACAUAACUCAAGGUAAAACAGUUAAGUGCAUACAUUUAAAAUCCCCUCCUUGGCACUUACUUAGCAGUUGCUUUUUUCAAUACUAGCAGCUGGAAGGGAGACGGUUACUUGGUGUAUUUUGAAUUAAAAGAGGAAGGAAAGUGUGGCAUAAGGUAGGGUAUUGCCAAUUACUGCAAAAAUUCUCUUCUCCAUUUGAAGUACUUUGCCUUUACAGUGGUGCCUUUAAUUUCUUUGGUGUGAUGUCUCUGGUCAGUAGCUUGUGAUCAGAGCCCAGGCUGAAUGGUGGUUACAGGAACCACGUAUAUAUCCUGUGUCCCGGUACACGCAGCCUGGUACGCUCCUCUCUUAACACCCAAGUCAUAGCACAGCCAUUGCGGGUUCUCAGUUGGUACUUGCUUGAGCUUAAAACAGGAGAGCAAGAGCUUCAUAGUUGCAUCUUAACUUAAGUUGCACUAGAAAUGUAUAAUCAAGUAAUGAAUCAUUACUGCUUGUACUAUCUGGAUUGGAAGGUAAAGCUUGGGAGAGAAAUAAAAGCUAGGUUUUACAUCUGAACAAGGAAUACCAUGCCAGACAUUUAAAUCAUGCAGAAGUCUUCUCACUGCAAGGUUAGGCCAAGCUGCAUAGAGCCAAGCACAACUCAGAACUAUAAUGGAUAUUAGGAGAAAGACAUUUUACUGAAUUAGAGUUCAGAUUUGUCUUGGAGACAUGCUAAAAUACCUUAUUUUCUAGCAUAUAUGAAGCAGUUACUCCCAUGUAUGUUAGAGCUAACGGUCAUGUCUGUCACAGGAGAUGAGUUCACUUAUCCAGCAUCCUUAAGGGCAGAAGAAAGUUCCAUCACCUUGUCAAGGGAAAGUAGCUUACUGUACAGCUUACUCUGUAAAGCAGUGCUAUUGUAAUACUUCUUCCAUUUUAAGAACUGCCAAAGUUAAUGGGCAAAAAGCUAGGAGCAGCUGUGGCCCUCCUGGUGGCAGACUAUGCAAGGGACAGGCAUGCUUUGCUCUGGGAGGGGGAAGGGCAAGAGAACUCUGUCCUAAUGCAGAAGUCUAGGUACAAAGCAUGUGCACUAACCCAAAUUCUCUCACCAUAGCUAUUACUUCUAAGUUAGUUGUCUCCUUUCUCUCCUCCUGCCCCCCCCCUCCCCUGGCCAAAGCUAGAGGUCUAGUGAUUAUGGGAGAAGGCAACACAUAUGUCUUUUGCAAGAGACUGGAAUGUACUGACUUAACAGAACGAUAUGUCUGUCUAAACCAGAGGCUACAUAAUGCCCGUGAACCAGGAUUUCAGGUCCUGGUUAAUGCAACAUGCCAUUCGAAUGGGAAUGUUUAAUCACGGUUAAAAUAAACAGGUGCCUUGGGCUGGUCUAUCAUUAGGUUGUUAUCCUUCCUUUUUAUUUGUUACGGUAUUUUAAGCCCUUGUAGAAUGGACUGUAAGAUGAAGCCAUGAGUGGGACCUAGGAUUCUACUCCUGCUUCCUGUCUUGGAGUUCAUACAAAGAAAGUUGUUUGUCUUGCUGUCAGACAGAAACAUGAGAACUGAGUCCUUUCCUCAACACUGUAGAUAGUGGGUUCAGCCCCUGCUUAUUUUAUGUCAUGUUUUCCUCACACCUUCCCUCUGAAUGUUGCAAUUCAGAGGUCUAGAACCACUCCAUACUGGAAGACCUCUGAAUUGCAGAGGAAGGAGAAAAAUUACUUGAAUGGUAUUUAUACAAGCUACUCAACUUAUGCUGAUAUGAAUAUUUAAAUAUCAGCCUGUGCUUCGGACGAUCUUUGGUACUUAAACAUCAGAGCAGCAUUAACAAUACCAAUACAAUACCAAUUCUGAAGGGAGUUCUUGGUUACCCUCAAGCAAGGAAUCACAUUGCAAUGGGAGCUGUGCGUCUGAUACUGUGGAGGAGAAUUAGUCAUUUUCCCUGAAAAUGGUACAGAUGAACCAGAAGCUAGUUCUUACCAUCUUGCCCCUUGCAGCA